CUGGAGAGAUGGUCCUUCCCGAUAAGAGCUCGGGGCCCAAAAAGGUAUUCGGGAAACGGCCCCAGAGUCUCCCUUCCCCGGCCCUGUGCUGCGCCUGUGGCCUGUGCAUUAUGCUGGCGGGCAUCAACAUCACCCUGGUGGGGGCCUUCGCUUUCAAGUCCUUCAUCCCCACCAGCAACCCACCCAUCGUCAUCGGGCCCCUCCUCCUACUGGUGGCCCUGUCCUUUUUUGGGGCGUGCUGUGUGUUUGGGCGGCGGCCACCAACCCACAAUGCCGGGAAGGCCAAGGGGGACAAGAGCUGGGGUCGGACGCGGAUAGGGGCCGGCGUCACAUUUGAGAUGGAGACGAGCGAGCACACGCUGCAGGACACCACUGCUGUGCAGCUCAGUCCCACCAACUCUCAGAGCUCCUCCCACAAGUCUAGUAACUCCGCCCAUGGGGAUACCCCUGCAGUAGGGGCCUGUGAUCUCGCCAGCUCAGAGGCCUAUGAUAUAGAUGUGAGACCUGAUGACCAGGUCUUGACCUCUGAGGACCAGCUCUUGGCCUCUGAAGACCAGCUCUUGACCUCUGAGGACCAGCUCUUGACCUCUGAGGACCAGCUCUUGACCUCUGAAGACCAGCUCUUGACCUCUGAGGACCAGCUCUUGACCUCUGAAGACCAGCUCUUGACCUCUGAGGACCAGCUCUUGACCUCUGAGGACCAGCUCUUGACCUCUGAGGACCAGGCAUUGACUGCUGAUAUUAAAGAUAAGGGGAGCAUCCAGAUGACGGCACUAUACAAGCCUUGCCCAACAUAA